AUGAGGAGAAACAAAAGUCCAACCAAUGAAGACGACAAAAGUGGAAAAACAUCAAAAGAGAUUGUACGAGAAGGGGUUGAUUACAUAAGUCAAGUUCCGAGAGAAAUUCUGCAUCACAUACUCUUAUUUCUUCCUUUUAAGUACUGGAUAAUUUUGGGCAUGGUUUCAAAACAAUGGCAAGAUCUUUUGCGUGAAACUCCAAUUUUGAUUUUCGACGAGAAUGAAAUUGUUUCGAAAAUGAGAAGACAAGUUCGCGGUGUAUUACAUGAAGAGAAACCUCGAAGUGAUGGGCUAGAUGAGUGCAAACAGAGAUUUGCAGAGUUUGUGAACCACGUUAUGUUACAUCACUCUAGUUGUCUCAUAAAAUAUGCACGAUUAUCACUUCAAUAUGAACCUACAACAAGAUAUGCCUCAAAUGUUAAUAUUUGGGUUCACUUUUUGAUGACAAGAGAUAUAGAGAUGCUCGAGUUGAACUUUUCAUCAACACCAAACAUGUACUGUGAUCUAGGCAUUAUUGCAGCGAGGCGCACAAGAACAGCACAAACUUUUGAACUUCCUCAUCAGCCUUUUGAGCCCAAAUUUACAAGUUUCAUUUUGAGCUUCUGCAAACUUAAAGCAUUUAAAUUUGGAUGUUUCAUGAACUUAAAAGUGCUAUAUUUGAAAGAUGUGGACAUUCUAGACAGUUCUAUUGGACAACUAGUUUCAAAAUGUCCAGUCCUCGAAGAUUUAUACUUGGAGGGGUGCUCUGUAACCGAGGAAUUCUUUGUUUGUAAACAAGAUCUGAAAAUCAAGCAUUUGAAUUUGCUGAAUUGUUUGACAGAAAAGUGGCAAAGUUAUAUGAUUGACAUAUCUGUUCCACAAUUGACGAACCUGUUGAUCAAAGGAAGAUACCUCAAGAGUUCAGCCAUGCAUCAACCAAUUUGGUAG